GCGACAGAAUGAGUGCUUGGCUUGGGCUCCUUCCAGGGCUACCUGUGAACUGACACAGCCCCCAAAUUAGCCACCUACACCUUCUUUCUCGUAUAACUUCAGCUUAAUUCGCAACUAGAACCCCUCUCCUCGCAGCAACCACCCCCUCCUCACAUACACAACUCACAAAUUUCGCCAAGAUGAGCGGUCACGGCGAUCCUAGACUGCUUUACACAAUUGGAGGCAUUAAGGCCUACCACAUCCAGCAGGGCGAGGAGUCGUCCCUCACACCUACAGGACCCCAGACACUCUCCCUGCUCAUGGUCCCCACCAACUCGCCCUUCGCCGACCUUAGCAAUACACGACCGCAGAGCGAAGCGCCAGAGGAAGACUUCUACCUCCACCUUAACCUGCCGCCCGAGCUUGACCUCCCUCUCCCUGCCACCACCCAGAUCUACCACCAGCCGCCACACAGCUAUCUCAUUCCAAGAUGGGACUUGGGUCCGGAGAGCGGGGCAUUUACAAGGAUUGAGUUCCCCGCCAUUGGCAAGGGUCCUGGUGCGGUCACCCAGGAGGACAUCGACACAUUCGAGACGAUCCUGGCGCAAUGCACAGCUUUCCUUGAGCGUGCGCAGAACCCUUACCCGUCUGAGAAGGGCGGUCACAAAGCAUACAACCCCCAGGACUACGGCCCUGGACAGGGCUACGCUGGCGCAGGUGUUGUUGGCGCAGCAGGAUCUAGCAAGCAUCAGCAGCACGGCGAGAUUGUAUUGAUAGACGAAGAGAAUGGUAGCGUAGUUGGCGAGCUGGCUGAGGGCGCUCAGAUCGUCGAAGACCACAGAUUACAGGCUGGGUCGAAGAAUCCCGUUGAGAUCGUUGUUUCUCCAGACGGCAAGCGCAUCGAUGUCAAACCCCUCUCCGAAGAUUACCUCGCCAUGGCCCGCCAUCCCGCGUAUAAGAACUCGACUUUGGUGCAGAACUCGGCUGCUGCCUCAAGGCUCAUCGUCACUGGGUCUAGCUACCUCAGCAAUAUGCUGGUCUCUGGUGCCGAGACCUUCAUGAACAAGACAAGGCCGAACGAGAAGCCUAUGGUCUUCCAGCCGGCGACCCACGAGCGCGUGCGCAAGAUCAACACCGCAACCACAAGUGUAGCCGGCUUCUCCGCCAAAACCGUCGGCGUGAUCGGCAAGCACACCCAGAACUUCGCUGCCGGCCUUGCAGGUCACAAGAACACUCAGCACAAGAGCUUGAACCCAGACGGCACGGCGAACCAGAACUACAAGCCCGGUCUGCUCAACAAGUCGCUCAUCGCAUGGUCGACCAUUGGUGACGGCCUCGCACACUCUGGCAAGCAAAUCCUCACAUCUGGAGGUGCUGCAGCUACUGCCGCUGUUGGUCACAGGUGGGGUGCGGAGGCUGGUGGCUUGACCGGCGAUCUGGCUGGUGGUGUCAAGAACGUGGGUCUCGUCUACAUCGACGUGACAGGAGUGACACGUCGCGGUGUCAUCAAGAGCGUCGCCAAGGGCAUGGUCAUCGGUAAGGUCAAGAACAAGAAGGGCGAGGAACAGACCAUCAUAGUUGGUAGUGGCGACGGUGGCCAACUCACACCUGGCACCGCUGCGAAAAUGGAUCCUAUGGCUAAUGCAACCAACACUGGAAUGCCGUCGAGUAUCUCCAGCAACAAUCCUGCUGGUCAGGUCGGCUUUGGUAAUCAGCCGCCGCCCAGCUACAGGACUGGCGUUGGUGAGAGCUUGGAGGGGCAGCCUGCUUAUCAGGGCUACCCAAAUGAGAAGAAGUAAACUGUUCCUUCGGAGAAGGCGGUUGAGCAAGGCGAGGAUUUCAUGAGGCAUGACGUCAUGAUUGACAGGAAGGCAUGGUCAAAGCAGGCAAGAGCACGGAAGCAGGAAUGCACUUAAGUAUAGAGUUCAUUACUACUGUGUUUCAUUGCUGGCUUACACACUCGUCCCCAAUUUACUUAUUUCUCCGGUCCACUGUGUCAUGAGAGCCUUUUCUGCACCCCUGUCCUGAGCCUCUUGCCUGUCCAUGCAUUCUGUAUCUCAGCGCUAUAUGGAGGCCGUGCGGCGUCCAUUCCGACGUAGGACUUUCUUCAGGUUCACUCAUCUAUGGCCACCGAGCUCUCUAUCGUCCAUCGGUGACACCUCUUUAAAGUCCUCUUGUCAUAGGUCGUGUUGGCCUCCAGCUGCAUCAGAUCUGCAUCAGAUCCCAGCGUGCUCCUUGGUAUUCACGAGGAAGAUACUGGGUCCAGCAAUGACGCUGGCAA